AUGUCUCUUCGUGUGACCCCCGUUCUCCGCAACGCCGCGCGCCGCGUGCCCAUCAUGGCCGCGCCCAUGGCUCGCCGUCACUACUCCACCGAAGCUCCCCCUCCUCCCCCCAAACAGGGCGGUGGUAACGGCCUCCUCCUCGGCCUCGGUGCCGUCGCCGCUGCCGGCGCUGCCUACUACUUCCUCUCGGACAAGGAGGGUGCCAAGCCCGCCGCCGCCAAGGACUUCAAGCCUACCCAGGCCGACUACCAGAAGGUCUACGAUGCCAUUGCCGACUCGUUCGAGAAGGAGGGCUACGAUGACGGCUCGCUCGCUCCCGUCAUCCUCCGUCUUGCCUGGCACUCGUCGGGCACCUACGACAAGAAGGACGGCUCGGGCGGCUCCAACUACGCUACCAUGCGUUUCGCCAACGAGGGCGGCCACGGUGCCAACAACGGCCUCAACAUUGCCCGCGACCACAUGGAGGGCAUCAAGAAGCAGUUCCCCUGGAUCUCGUACGGUGACCUCUGGACCCUCGGCGGUGUCGCCGCUGUCCAGGAGACUGGCGGCCCCGUCAUCCCCUGGAGGCCCGGACGCAUCGACGGUAUCGAGGCCCAGCAGACCCCCGACGGCCGUCUUCCCGACGCCGCGCAGGCCCACGACCACCUCCGUGACAUCUUCUACCGCAUGGGCUUCAAUGACCAGGAGAUCGUCGCCCUUGCCGGCGCCCACGCUCUUGGCCGCUGCCACACCGACCGCUCGGGUUACGAUGGCCCCUGGACCUUCUCCCCCGUCUCGUUCUCCAACUCGUACUACGACCUGCUCCUGAACGACAAGUGGUCGUGGAAGAAGUGGAAGGGCCCCGCUCAGUACCAGGACAAGUCUGGCACUCUUAUGAUGCUCCCUGCCGACAUGGCCCUUGUCCAGGACAAGAAGUUCCGCAAGACCGUCGAGGAGUACGCCAAGGACGAGGACAAGUUCUUCAAGGACUUCUCGAAGGCCUUCGCCACCCUUCUCGAGCUCGGCGUCCCCGCAUCGCAGAUGCCCGAGAAGGCUUGGGAGAUGAAGUCGCAGUAA